AUGAAACAAAUUAUUUUGCUGGUUCUCGUCGGCCAGAUUGUCCUGGAAAUUGGUGCCUAUGAGCAUAAAAUCGCUCACAGGAGGUGUGGCGAGAACACUUUCCCGGAUUGUUAUUCAUAUUGUAACAAAGGAUGCAAGGAUAACCCAGUCGACUGCAUUCAUUACUGCGAGAAAGGAUGCGGAUGCAUCGAAGGCUCAAUCGUGAGGAACAAUGGAGGAUGCAGAAGAAUAAAGAUUUGCGACAAGGAAGAUGAUUCCCUAUCCGUUGAAAAUAACGAGUUAGCUGAGAAAUACGUAACAGCGCAUUGGGACGACCCGGCAAAUAAUAAUGUAAAUGAAAAUCACCCCCCAACCAUAGAUGGUUUGGAUGAAAACAAAUCGGGUGAGAUGAAAAGCGUGGAACAGCCGAACGAAGUGCCGCCGGAGAGUCCUUUGGAGGAUGCUGAUCCCAAGCCAGCAGUAGAUGCAAUCUAAAGUGAUCCAAGUCCAAAUCCGAUACUGAUUAACCCAGUUUCUACUGUGUUUAAAGUUUGUAUUUUCGUACCUUUUUAACUUGAAAUAAAAACCAUAAUAAACAUAAAUAAAUUUUAUUGUUU